ACGAACCGGCUUAAUCGAGCAGAUCUAUUUAGCAUAAUGGCUCGUGGAUUUUCCAAGCUUCUUCAGAUGGGCUGGCUUCCGCGCAAAAAGCCGGUUCUCGACUCCGAGGUUAAAAGUGUGACCCGGGAACCGGCAGCAGCUCACUUCUUCACGGUCCUUGGCCCAGAGAGGAGUUCUUGGUGAAGAUGCGGCUUGGUUUGGUUUUGCUUUGCUGCACAGUUCUUGCAAUAUCUACUUUUGGAGUACCGUUGGAGUCAUCGAAUGGAGAUGAAGUGAAGAUUAAAAAAUUGAUCAAUCGCAAUAAGGGAGAUCGAUACCUGCUACUGUACUCCUUCAGUGACGAUCAGUUUCGGUACGAGCGUGGCUAUUUCAAGAAGAAGUCGGAUAGUGACGAGAUGGUUUGGACGGUGCAUGGACGGUACCGGUUCCGUUCGCCGGAGGGGGAGCUGUACAGUUACAAGUAUUCGGCCGGUGAGGAAGGAUUCAACCAACAGGUCGUGAGCAGCAGGGAAGAUCCGCUGGACGUGGUGAACCGGAUCGAUCCAAAGGCGUUGGCGUCGUUGGUGGGGUGAAGAGGUCUGGAGAUUGUUAUGGCAUGGAGUGGUUUUGUUUAAACUUCUAAGGAUGUUGGUGAUAAGUAAAAAUCAUAAUUGAUUGGACAAGUCCCAACAAAAAAUGAAAAAAAAAAUACCGAGUAUGUUAAGUUUAUAUAUAAAAAUAAUACAGGGAAGUAUAAUACUAAUCCAAAGUCUUCGUGAUAGUUUGUAUACAAAACAGUUGAAAAUAUAUUAAAAGUACAUUAUUGUUAUAAAUAAUGACUUUUCAGGAAUGCUGAUGCACUGCAUUGAGCAUAGAUGACAAGCACCUUUUGAAUUUCUUGAGAAAUCUGAAAUCUAGUUAUUAUGAGAAAAUAGGGUACAAUCCUGAAAU